AUGAAGCUCGAAGACUUUGAUGAGAACGAAUUUAAAUAUGCUGUAAACGAAUGGUUGAAUAACGUGUCUCUAAAGAAACAGGGUGUUAAAUCCAAACCAGUGGAAAAGGAACAAAAUGUAAAUUCCUUUGUUGACAGAUUACAAUAUUUAGCAAAAUCUAAACGCUACAGUGAACAGUCGAUGAGAACAGAGAUUUUGGGAAUUCUCGAUGAAGUACUAAUUGAAGUUAGUGCUUGUGAUAAGACAGCUUUCCUUAACAAACUUACAGACGCUUUGAUGUGUAAAUUAGGCGAUGUUUUACUGAGUGAAACAAAAACAAUAAAUAGCGCGUGUAAUGUUAGUAACGAAUCCCAUGCAUAUUUACAUCGGAAUCAAGUUACUGAAAAAGGAACUAAGGAUUUUGUAGUCAAGGAAGUUACAGAAGGUUUACAGACUCAAAAAGUUCCGAAUUCGGGUUUGAAGCAAACAAUAGUAGAUUUAGUCGAUAUUUUAAAAGAUUCGGUAAAGAAUAACAUUGGAUUAGAAGAAAUAGCUACUACACUUCAUAAUACAACUAAUAAGUCCGCGGCAGAAAAAGCUUUUCCUCAACAAACGGAGAAAAGUAGAAAAAAGGUUACUAAAAGACAUGCAACGAAUUUCAGUACACAGCCAUUGACUGUUUUUAUGGUUCAAAAUUUGUCAAGAAAUUAUAUUUCUAAAACAUCAGGUACAAAAAUGUCUCAAAACAGUAUUGUCUCGGUCAUGGACAGGGAUAUCAAGGAAAAUUUAAUGCGAUACAAAACACAACUUGCUCAGCAGAUAGACCAAUGGCUUUCAGAUUUAGCAAUGUUAAAAGCAGAAGAUAGAGAUUUUAGACAAGCAGUAGUUCUUGACUUAGCCAGUGAUAUAGUUGAGAGACAAAAAUAUUUAGAGUUUAACAAAAACAUAACCUCAGAUAUAGAUGAACUCGAACAUUUAAAAUAUCUAAUAUUUAAAUGGGUGAAAAGGUGUGCCGGUGGGGAGAAUAUGGAAACUGUACAUCAUGCUGUAGAACUGAUGGAAAUGAUAAGGAAUAUACCAGUACCAAUGUUGAGCAGAUCCCGAGACCUAUUAAAAAAAUCUAGCAGUUAUAUAUGUUGUAAAAAGGCUCACUGUGAACCUGGUACUUCUACUGAUACUAGUAAAGAUAGUGUGCAUAAUUCUAGAUCGGAUUCUGGUAUACAUAACGGUAGAGAGUCAUUAAGUUCAGCACCUUCAUAUAUUGUGAUAGAUAGUGUAUCUCUAUUAAAAAACAAGAAAAAUGAUACAAGAAAACAAAAAGAUCCAAAAUCACCUCCAGUUAAUCAGUCUAAUAAACCUAAUCUAAGUCGCACAAUUACCAAUAACAAUUCUGAUUUUCCAAAAUACAGCAUAGAAAAUCAAGAGAACUCUCAAGAAACAAAAGACGAAUUGAAAAUUAAAAGAACAUACACCCAUAUUCUUAACAGUUUUAAUGCACGUAAAAUAAAUACCGAAAAUGUUAUUUAUAAUAGUGUGGGCCCAUCUAACAGUAUAUACAAAGAAGAACACUCUAGCCAAGAUAGUUUUGUAUCAAGUAGAUCUCAAGAUGAUUUGCAUAAAUCCUAUAGCGGUAUACGCUGCAAAGACCGUAUUUCCGUACCUGGUAUUUCUAUUAGCAUUACCAAAGAUGACGUAAAUACGUCAAAGGUAAACGUAACACGAAAGAAACAUCAAAACGAUUCUUUACUCACAAGCUACAUAAUACAUAAGAUUACCAAUAACAAACAUAAUAAAAGAGACAAAUUAAGAGAAGAAAUAGAUAAGGAAGAUAUACCAUCGAGACGAAAUAGUUCAAAGAGUGAGAAGAAGUUUAAUAAAACACAAGAUUCAAGCAACGCUUCUAAAGUUUUUGUCUCUUGCGAUAGUGUUAAUGAAGCGCAAAAUAAAAAUGAUGGUGCUAAAAAUAUUAAUCCUGAACCAGGACCCUCAGGGCUAGUGACUCCAGUACCUCCUCAUUCAGGUAAGCCAUCCAGUGCGGCUGCCCAACUUAUGGCUGAGUGGCGACCACAACCAGUGUUCACUCCGCCACCGCCUGGACAACCACUACUCGAACGGGUACACGAAGAAUUUAAAGAAUACCUCAAGAACUGGUGCCAACAAAUACCGAUUCCUGCCAAUACUUGCGACGAGAUUGAAGUAGCAGGAAAAUCUAGAUUAGGCAUUUUAAAUGGCAUUUGGAAAAUGAUAACGAAAUUAAAAACGCAACCGGCGGUAUUUCAGAACAAAUUUUACUAUGAAGAUGUAUUAGGGAAAGAAAUAGAUGGAUUAUUAGAUUGUUUACCGGAAUCACCAGAGUUACAAGAAAAAAAGUACGCCCUUAAAUCGCAACUCCUCGAUAAGAUAUCAGAUAUGAAUGAUUUGAUUAAAGAGAUAGAAACACCUGAUAAUUAUAAGGAAAUGGUCGCCCAGAAAGCUGAACUAUUGAAAGAACAGAAAUUAAGAAAAAUCGUCAGAUUAGACCGCGAGCCUCCAACGAAAAUAUUUGAAGAAAUGCUAAAGUACUGCACUCUACACGAUUACUUGACGCAAAAAGAUUAUAAGGAGACCAAUAAAAUGAUAGAAAAAGCGUAUCAAAACAAGUUAUUGAAAGCGAUCCAGGCGUCCAUGGAUGAUUUUAAGAAAGCUCAUGGCAAAGAAAUGGAACAACUUUACGGUGUCUAUAAAGAAAGCGAUAUCUUUCAAAAACUUAAUAAAGUACCCUUGCCGACAGAAGACGAAAUAAAGGAAAAUGCUGAUGAAAUUCUUCUAGGACUUGAAAUUGAGCAGUGGAUGAAAGAUUUACCAAUAAUUAAGAACGACGAUAGUAAUGAACAGCGUCAACGUGAAAGAUUAAGGGAUUCAUUGACGAAAAAAAUACAUGAAAUGAGAAAAAGAGUAAACAUUUCCGAUUGUUGCGGAGAUACCCAAGUAAGACAUGAGAUUUCUUACUUUCUGGAUAUGGUUCCACUUGAAAAAGAUCAAGAUUUAAACAUCAACAAGAUGGUUGACGAGCUUACCAAUAGAUUAAAGAACAGACAUGGGCCUGCCGGUAAAAGAAAAUCGGUAGCAUUCCAAGAUGGGAGUCGAUUACUAAACAGAAGUGAUUAUACUUUCGGAUCUCCAGCAUCAGAUAUUUACUCGCCUGAGGAUAAAUGGGCAUUCAAAGGCGACGAAGAUGCUCAAUAUAAAAGCCUUUUCCAAAAUCCUCCCCUAUGCUCCACUAGAAUUGAGCAGCCAGGCGAAUGGGACUUGGACGACGAUCAAGACGCUCAAUACAGAGCCAUGUUUAAAGAUGGCGUGCCGUGUUCUUCUAUGAUCGAACCACAGGCUGGUUAUGGCCGAGGCUCGCCUAUGCCACCAGAUUUUCGCCAUUCAUAUGAUCAAGCGCAACAUUCUGAUCCCCCACCGUGGCAAUUCAAUGACAGCGCUCGAGGAGGUUCAUUCGGUUAUUCUCGGCGAGGUUCGGAAGAAAGAUACCAAUAUCCUGAUGAGAUGGGAUACCCAAUGCCGCCUCGCCCGGGCACACAAUCACCAGGGUUCUACGAAAGUGCAGCAGCAAUGCCGAACGUUCCACCAGACAGCCAGUUCCAAUCGUUACUUGGAAGUAGUAUGUCUGGAGCAGCUCGUCAAGCUCCAAGAAUGACGGGACAAUUCAAUCAAUCACGGGGUGUAGGAUGGAUGCCGCCAGAGGAAGCAUCAGGUUUCGUAUCGAUGCAAGAUUAUGGUCCACCCCAAAUGUUGCCUCCUCGGCAGAGUUUCCCUAGAGAACCACCUGCAUUCUCACGUCGAUCUCAAAUAGAUCCAAAUAUAUCACAAGCAAAAAGAUCUGCAGCCCAAGGAUUUAUACCAAUGACAAGCUACGGACACAGGGAGCCACAAGGAUUUAUGUCAAUGCCUAGCCAACCAGGUGAAAUUCAGCCUUCUUUCCAUUCAUUUCCUCCAAAUGAAUUCAUGCAACCACAACCUGCGGCGUUCAUUCCCGAUAAUUCUCGUUCCUCGAGAAGAUCAAAAAUAGGAUCAAAUAUUGAUCCUAGUAUGCGACAAGGAUUACUGGAAGAUAGUGUUGAAACUGAUCAUAGUAUGCGACAGGGAGGACCAUUUGAUGUAUCAAUUCAAAUUCACGAAGCUCCUCGUCCACAUCAGCAACAACAAGUUGAUGGACCAAAUCCAUUUGUGUCAAUAGUAAGUCAACAACGACCGAACGAGUCUUUGGGAAAUCGGAACAGAUCCGUUCGGCAACCGACCCAGAACCAACCUUCUAUAAGAAUGUCUCCAGCUCGAGAUCGAACUGAUCUGGAUGAAAUUCAGGCGGCACAAAGCAUGAGCGCCCAUCACUUGUCUCAUAUACGAGCAGGAUUACAAGUACCAAGUGGCCAGCCUUCACGUCACACUCCAACCGAUAGGAUGACAGAAGCGGCCAGCAGAGAACCCUCAUCAUCACAGAGAGCUAGAUUAGCUCCAAACGCGCCUUCACCAGAAAUAAGCAACCAACCAGCCUUUUAUUCAACUCCAAUCCAACGAAGCAAUCCACCACCUCAUAAUAUAAGAGAACGUCGGCAGAUGGAAAAAGAAAGAGUUCCAGCUAGGAGACUGGACAUGGACGCAGAAGAGGCUGACGAAGGCGAGGAGAGGUGUCACUGCCGGCAAAGAUUUAAGCAAUGGAAGGGACAUAAUUGCCAGACUUGUGAUGAUUGUUUACAAGAAAGAUUCUAUUUUUAUCCGUACCCGUAUCCGUAUAUGUAUCCGCCGUUUGGAAGACAGCGGCCGCCGUAUCCACCACAUUGUAGAAGAUAA